CAAACUGACCAAUCACUGGCGGACGGACAAAAUAGCGUUUAUAGACUGGCUAUAUAUUCUAAAUCCUUUAUAGUUGCCGGUUGGCUUCUGUUCCAUUUCCAUUCCACUUAGGGCUUCAUCUGAAUGGUCAUUGCUGCUGUUUCUCAAGCAUAUACUGUGUCCACGUUAUUAUUCGUUUUUAUCCCAAUGAUAACAACCAAUGCUAAUAUCUUAGAUCACUGCAGCAUUUCGCAAAGCCGUGUAGCCCGUUCCGUCCUCCAUGAGAAAGGUUAUUUUCCCCCUAUUCGAUUAUACAGAUGUGGUUAUUGCUGAUCAAUGUCCAUUCCAUCCUAAAUAUGAUAUUUACGCUGUACACGAACAAAUGAAGAAUAAAAUAUCUGACUAUGAUUGGGAGUGUCAAAUGUGUGGGAAACGGUUUUAUACGGAGAAAGCCUUCGAUUCACAUAUUGGCAAUAGGCAUAAAAUAAAUGCUUAUAGUCAAAGUCGAACUAUUUGCUUAGCUUCAUAUUGUCCACUACUCCGUUGUUCUGUGUUGAAACCAGAUUUCGCCUAUGGAAAUCAAAUGUUCUGGGAUGAAGCACUUUGCGAGACGGGAUCAUUUAGUGAUAUUUCAAAGCAGUGUGAGGAUAUUUUGAACAAAUGUGCGCCUGGAAAUGUUAGCAGUCAUAUCCACCUACGUCAACUGCUUCAAAAUACACUUUGUGAUCCUUUGUCAUGUGAUCGAUAUUGGGUGUUACCAGAUUCCCACGUGAAAACAUCUACAUUGCAAAAGUUUCUAACCGCAUGUGUCCUAACAGUUGGUCUAUUCACCUAUUACUCUGUAAUAUUUAUGCGAUUAAGCUUGUCAUUCUGUCGCCUACGGGUUUCCAGUCUAUCUAUUCCUCGUCGUAGAAGAACAACAGCAAGAAGUGAUUGAAAGGGAGAGAGAGAGAGAAACAGAAUAGUUUACUGUAUAUAAAAUUGUCUACUAAACAUGAGAAAAAGCAUGAGGUAACUAUUCCUGAGCUAUGCUGUUGGAUCUCAAAAUGUACUCCGGAACUUUUCACUAUUGUCUUUCAAACAAAUGUCGUGCAUUUAUCGGAGGGAGACAAAGAAGGAAUAUCAUAGAGGAUUGAUCUUCAAUUCUCGUCAGAUAGCAUUGUGUCACAGGAUCCAUUAUAGAUUAAUAUAUUUUACUUGAAGAUCCCAGCUGAAGAGAAAAUAGCAUGCAAUACACUCUGUUGAAAUAUUUUGCAUAUUAUAUAAACACUUUACGAAAUAAAGCUAUUA